AUGGCUCGCCACUCCCGCAGUUCGAUGGCCCUGGGCCUCGGACUCUUGGCUUGGAUCGCGCUCCUCUUUGCGCCCCUCGCCUUCGUUCAGACUGUCAACGCAGAGGUCGCCGACCAAGAAAACUACGGCACCGUCAUUGGUAUUGAUCUGGGUACUACCUACUCUUGCGUCGGUGUGAUGCAGGGUGGCAAGGUCGAUAUUCUUGUCAACGAUCAGGGUAACCGUAUCACUCCGUCUUACGUCGCCUUCACCGAUGAGGAGCGGCUGGUAGGUGAUUCCGCCAAGAACCAGGCCGCCGCAAACCCCUUCAACACCAUUUUCGAUGUCAAGCGUCUCAUCGGUCGCAAGUUCAACGAAAAGGAUGUCCAGUCCGACAUGAAGCACUUCCCCUACAAGGUUAUCUCCAAGGAUGGCAAGCCCAACGUUCAGGUCGAGGUCAACGGCCAGAAGAAGCAGUUCACUCCUGAGGAGGUCUCUGCGAUGAUUCUUGGCAAGAUGAAGGAAGUCGCCGAGUCUUACCUCGGUAAGAAGGUCACCCACGCCGUCGUCACUGUCCCCGCUUAUUUCAACGACAACCAGCGCCAGGCUACCAAGGAUGCUGGUGUUAUCGCCGGUCUCAACGUUCUCCGGAUUGUCAACGAGCCCACCGCUGCCGCUAUCGCCUACGGUCUCGACAAGCAGGACGGUGAGCGCCAGAUCAUUGUUUACGAUCUUGGUGGUGGUACUUUCGAUGUCUCUCUCCUUUCCAUUGAUGAUGGUGUCUUCGAGGUUCUUGCCACUGCUGGUGACACCCAUCUUGGUGGUGAGGACUUUGAUCAGCGCGUCAUCAACCACUUCGCCAAAUCCUACAACAAGAAGAACAGCGUUGACAUCACCAAGGAUGCCAAGGCCAUGGGCAAGCUCAAGCGCGAGGCUGAAAAAGCCAAGCGUGCUCUGUCUUCGCAGAUGACCACCCGCAUCGAGAUCGACGCUUUCUUCGAGGGCAACGACUUCUCCGAGACUCUUACCCGCGCCAAGUUCGAGGAGCUCAACAUGGAUCUCUUUAAGAAGACCAUCAAGCCUGUUGAGCAGGUUCUCAAGGAUGCCAACGUUAAGAAGUCUGAGAUUGACGACAUCGUCCUUGUCGGUGGUUCUACCCGUAUCCCCAAGGUCCAGGCUCUUAUUGAGGAGUACUUUGGCGGUAAGAAAGCCUCCAAGGGCAUCAACCCCGACGAGGCCGUGGCUUUCGGCGCGGCGGUCCAAGCUGGCAUUUUGUCUGGUGAGGAUGGAACUGACGGCCUUGUCCUUAUGGAUGUCAACCCGUUGACGCUUGGUAUUGAGACUACUGGUGGCGUUAUGACCAAGCUGAUUUCCCGCAACACUCCUAUCCCUACUCGCAAGAGCCAGAUUUUCUCGACUGCCGCUGAUAACCAGCCUGUCGUUCUUAUCCAAGUAUUCGAGGGUGAGCGUUCCAUGACUAAGGAUAACAACAUCCUUGGCAAGUUCGACCUCACCGGCAUUCCUCCCGCUCCUCGUGGUGUCCCUCAGAUUGAGGUUUCCUUUGAGCUGGAUGCCAACGGUAUCCUCAAGGUCUCUGCUCACGACAAGGGCACUGGCAAGCAGGAGUCCAUUACUAUUACCAAUGAUAAGGGCCGCCUCACUCCUGAGGAGAUUGAGCGCAUGGUUGCUGAGGCUGAGAAGUACGCCGAGGAGGACAAGGCUACCCGUGAGCGCAUCGAGGCCCGUAACGGCCUCGAGAACUACGCCUUCAACCUUAAGAACCAGGUCAACGACGAGGAGGGUCUUGGCGGCAAGAUUGACGACGAGGACAAGGAAACUAUCAUCGACGCCGUCAAGGAGACUCAGGAGUGGCUUGAGGAGAACGGCGCCGACGCUACCGCCGAGGACUUCGAGGAGCAGAAGGAGAAGCUGUCCAACGUCGCCUACCCCAUCACUUCCAAGAUGUACGAGGGUGGCGCUCCUGGCGGCGAGGAGGCUGACGCCGACUUCCACGACGAGCUGUAA